UUCAUCAGUGGGUUUAGCACUUUUAGCUGGUAUGUAAAACGUGUGAAGUAAGUACCUGUCGAAUUUUCUAACCCCCAUCGGCUGGACUGCGAUUAUCUCAGCGAAGGCCAUGACGAUGUACUCCGACAACUCGUCUUCGAUUGUUCGUCUCAAUAUAGGGGGAAAGAAAUUCUGCACAACUGUUGAUACUCUAACUCAGCGUGAGCCUCAUUCAAUGCUUGCUGCAAUGUUCAGUGGUCGCCACACUGUUUGUAAGGACUCUGAGAAGUGCCAUGGGCACCAGGCUUUGUGGGGGUAUUUCUCUUGUUUAAUCUGUCAUGUUUGCAUGCCAGGGUAUGUAUUUGUUGAUAGAGAUGGGAAACACUUUCGGCAUGUUUUAAAUUGGUUAAGAGAUGGUGUAGUUUCCAAUUUGUCAGAUUUAGAGUGUUCAGAGCUUUUGCGGGAGGCAGAAUACUAUCAGCUUCUUGGAUUAGUAGAUGGGAUAACUGAGGUAUUGAAUAAGAGAAAGGAGGAUGAAGAAAUGGAUACUGAAUUAACACGUACUGAUAUCAUCAAAUGUGUACAAUCUGACAAAGUUAGGUUAAGAGGAGUAAAUCUCUCUGGCCUCGAUCUUUCCAAACUGGACUUGUCGUUUGUGGACUUCAGCUAUGCUUGCCUAAAAAAUGUUUUCUUCUCUCGUGCUAAUCUUCAUUGUGCAAAAUUUCGGGAUGUCGAUGCUGAAAAUACCAUUUUUCACAAUGCAACAUUGCGCGAAUGUGAGUUCACAGGGGCUAAUCUCCGUGGCGCUUUGUUGGCUGGAGCUAAUCUUCAGAGUGCAAAUCUACAAGAUGCUUGCUUAGUAGAUUGUAGCUUCUGCGGUGCAGACCUACGCUCUGCCCAUCUUCAAACUGCUGAUCUUACAAAUGCAAAUUUGGAAGGAGCAAAUCUGGAAGGAGCCAAUCUAAAGGGUGCAAAAUUGACAAAUGCGAAUUUAAAGGGGGCAAACCUUCAACGUGCUUAUCUGCGACAAGUGAAUCUUCGAGGCACACAUCUGGAAGGCGCAAAGCUGGAUGGUGCGAAUAUGCUUGGAGCAAUUAGAUGACAAUAAACUAAUUCAAGACUCAGGAGAAGAAUUGUGGUACUAUUUUUUUUGUACUUAAUUUCAGAUUCCUUGUUACUGUAUGGGUUUAUGCAUCACUGGAUUUCUCGUAAUUUGUGGUUUAAACAUUUGGUAUCACAUUUUAUGUACAUACAGAUUAUAGACUUUUGAGAUGCAAUAAAAUAGAUAUUAAUUAGUAGAAAAGAAAAUAA